AAAGCCACGGCUGUUAGUGAGCGGGCGGGGAAGCUUGAGGGGCGGGUGGAGAGAGAGCGAGAGCGCGCGCGAGCGAGAGAGAAAGAGAAAAAAGACAGACAAGGUCAAGUGAGUCAGUGGUCACGACGAUAAGACUGACAAUGUGGAUAUUCGGGUACGGUUCGCUCAUCUGGAAAGUGGACUUUCCUUACGAGGAGAAGCUGGUGGGUUACAUUCGUGGCUACAGCCGCCGCUUCUGGCAGGGAAGCACCGACCAUCGGGGCGUGCCAGGCCAGCCUGGAAGAGUUGUCACGCUUGUUGAAGAUCCUGAGGGUUGUGUAUGGGGUAUCGCAUACAAACUACCGCAUGGAAAGGAAGAAGAGGUGAAGGGAUACCUUGAUUUUCGAGAAAAGAGUGGUUACAGAACUGCUAGUAUUACAUUUUAUCCUAAGGAUUCUUCAAUAGAUCCAUUCCCUGUAAUGCAAUACAUCGGAACAUGUGAUAAUCCUGAUUAUUUGGGUCCGGCACCCUUGGAAGACAUAGCACUACAGAUUUUAAAUGCUUCUGGGCCCAGUGGAAGGAACACAGAAUACUUAUUUGAACUUGCAAACUCUUUGCGAAAGCUUGUUCCAGAAGAUACAGAUGACCACCUCUUUGAAUUGGAGAAAAUGGUCAAGGAACUUCUGGAGAAAAAUGUCAAAAUAAACUGUAUAUAAAGGAUUUUUGCAACAAAAAAGAACUAGGACAGACAAUUUUCAAACCUUUUUUUCUUAUUUGACUUAUUUAAUGCUGAGUCUUUACUAUUUAAGUAAACUUGACAACCAUAACCUAGAAUAAGAAGGUAUCAAAUACAAUGCUGAUGCUCUUGGUGCAAUAUGUAAAAUACUGCAUGUUAUCUGUGUGCUACACAAUUUACAUUUGUGUAGCGCCUUUCACUUGAGAAGGACGUCUCAAAGCGCUUACUUCCUCUUGUGCCACAACUAAUUGAGUCCUCUGGUUAUCUGGCAACUGUCUGCAGCUAAUCGGAAUCCAUGCUCACACUACAGAUGUAAUCAAUUAGCCCAGAAUAGUUUUCAGUAUAAAUCGUCAUGGUAUUCUGGUUCUAAACUGCUAUCAGAACUCCUUAUUUUGGCAAAUCUAAAUGAUUAUUUUAAUACAGUGCCAUAACACAUAGACCACCAGCCUUUGCUGUUGCGUGGCAACAGAGUUCAGGGAUUGAAGUUAAUGUAUAUCACAAUGCAAUAUCUGUGAGAAGGUAAUGGGCAUAUGUGCAAUGUCCAGUGAUUUGAGCUGUUCUGUUGAGUCCAAAUCAACUGCUCUAGUCCAUUUCAGCAGACCCUUCAGUACAUGACGUUUAGGAUUCUAGGAUAUUAGUAAAAAAUAACAUUAAAUGUGCGGUUUACACAAACAUUACAUAAUGUUCCCCUGAAUUGAGGAUUAUUUACAACUUAAUUGAUGUAGGCCUCUGGAACAGAUACCUAGAUUUUCUCAGAAAGCCAUGGUUACAAUAUACAGAAUGUAAAGGUUUAUAUAUACUUUAAAGUAAUGUCUUGAAAUCAUGUGUUUCUAUUCUGUUAUUUGGGGGUAAAUUUACAACAAUUAAUGGCCAUUUCUAUGUGGUAGUUAUGUGUUAUGAUGCAGCAGAAUUAUAGUGGAUAAUUAUUUCAUAUCUAAACUCCCUCACAACUUUGGCACAGUGUUUGUUCUAUAACUAGUUUGGAAAAGAUUUUGUUGCACCUUUGUUUGAGACAGACCAGGAAAAAGACUACAUUUUUGUCAGCUCACAAGUAGCAUCUGAAUGAAUGUCUGAGUUGAGACAGUAUUCAAUCUUUAGGUAUAUUUCUCAAACUGUGCUUAUGUGAUAGUUAAUGACCAACACAUUUAUCCUCCUUGGGGGUGGUGGGGAGGUAAGCAAGAACUUAUCAACUUAAGAUAUCAAUGCCUAAGCCAGGAGGGUCUGCAGUUCUCCAGGCACAGUUGAUGACAGGCCAGCCAGCUUGAUUUGUCAGAGCAGCAGCCCAGUCAGUCACUGUGGCCUCAAAGAGUUCUUGCUUACCUCCCCACCACCCCCAAGGAGGAUAAAUUUGUUGCUGGAAUUCUUGAUUCCUGUUAAACCUCAAGUCAAUGCCCCAAAAGGUAGGAUGGUCCCUGCCGGACAAUCGGCAGGAAAGGAUAAGUGGUGUAGUUUUCCCUGAUUAAAUUCUGCAGUCCCUGAAUUAUUGAAACAGUGGAUUACAAAAAAAUCCCAGUUUAACACAGCCAAUAUCUUGCAAAGCAGCAUUCAGAUUUCUCAGAUAAUUAUGUUUUUGAAUAAAGAUGGCAGCCAAAAAAUGUUCACACUACUACAGGGGAAGCUAUUGCAAUGUGUCAAAGCUGUGGGGCUGUUCAGAUCUAAAAGCAGAUGUUAAUUAUUGACUGAAAUCCUUCUGUUUCAGAUCACGUCAAAUCUGAAGAAAUGUUGUAAAUUUCCCCCUUAAACUGGUCAUAUGACUUUUGAUUAACAUUGAAAAUGACCUUCAAAUGGAAAAUUAUUUACAAACAGUACUGUGGGUCAUCAAUACCUCUUUGAGCAGUUCUGAGUCUGCUUCAAUAUAUGUAAUACACAAUAACACCUUCUUGUGCUGUUAUGGCUGUGACCAGACAGACCUUUGUUGGAAUUCUUUUAGUGAAUCUCAGAAAUUGGAAUGACACCCUCUUGUUCUCUAAACUGCAGUACACAUCUGUUGAUUGGGAUGUUUAAGGGGAGUAUUCAUUCCUGAUGUACUUCUAAAAUGUUUAUUGGUUAUGCCAAAAAAAAAUUAAAAAUUAUAACUUUGACAUUAAAUUUGAAGGAAGGUUUGUAUCACGGUGGGCUUGUAACUAUAAUUAAAAGUUUAUACAGACUCUCUUGAUAUUGAUCUAAAUAGCCGACUUUAAUAUCUAUCAGCUUAUUUCUGUUUUAAUAUCAGCUAUACAUAACCCUAUGUUAAAAGUUCAAACGAUUUUGAAAAUUUUACUAUUUCCUUAAUUGCAAAAAUUUAUAAUUUUGACCAAAUCAACACAACCUUUUGUUUACUUUCAUUGUAUCUACUAGAUAACUUUAUUUUGUGGAUGCAUAAUUUUGUAAAACAGCAUUUCAAAGCUUUAUAUUUUACAUUUAGUGUCUAAUGCUGCAGCACACUUGGAUUUCUGUUAAUGUCCAUAAAAUAAUUUUGAUCCUUGCCAGGAUCAAUUCUGGCUUAAGUCAGUAGUUCAUUUUAUCCAAUCAUAUUUUGUGUAAUAUUUAAUCUGUACCCUAACCACACACAAAAUGAAAUGUGCAGCAAUUGUGUCUGUCUUAUUACUGUUUUAAGUUAUUUUGAUGUCAUCAAGACAUCAGAUAAACCAGCUGCUCAAACACAGCCAAUAAAGCAUUUCCUCACAUUCCUUUCAAA